AUGACAAUGCUGGCUGUGCUCGGUUUACUACUGAUGCUCAGACUGAGCCGAUGUACAGAUGAGGAGAAGAUUGAGAUAAAGACGGUCCGUGUUGGAGAUGAGGUCAAACUGACGUGUCCUCGCAAGACCUCUGCUUCAGGUUCAGCAAAGUUGUUCUGGUUCAAGCAGGUUUCUGGAGAAUUGCCUGAAAUUUUGGGUGGAACUCUCAGCUUUGAUUUUGAUGAUGUUACCAAAACUCCUCACACCACCUUAAAACAAGAGCCUGGAACAUUUGUCCUGAUUAUCAAUCAAACCCAGCUCAGUGACACUGGACUUUACUUUUGUGUAAGACAAGAGGAACUUAAAGUGACCCUUUUAAAAGGAGUAUUUCUGAGAACUAAAGGACCAGAGUCUGAUAUCACCACCAUCAUUCAAGACCUUUCAGCUGAUCCGGACCAUCCAGACUUGAUGACUCUGCAGUGUUCAGUCUUCUCUGACUCUGAAACUAAAACCUGUCCAGGGAAUCACAAUGUGUUCUGGUUCAGAUCUGGAUCAGAUGAAGCUCAUCCCAGUGUCAUUUACACUCAUGGAAACAGACGUGAUGAGUGUGAGGAGAGUCCUGAGACUCAGUCUCCACAGAAAUGUGUCUACAGCUUUUCUAAGACUAUCAGCUCUUCAGUUGCCGGGACUUAUAACUGUGCUGUGGCCACAUGUGGACAGAUGUUAUUUGGACAUGGAACAGAGAUCAACAUGGACGAGCAUGAACGGAGUUCAGAGUUUUUUGCAUUGGUGACAGCAGUAGUCUGUGUGGUGAUUUUUGUGAUUGGAAGUUUUGUCUUCAUCUGCUGCCGAACUCCAAGAGACAAAAAUGAACAAAGCAAAGCUGCUGUUGCUCUGCAAGAUGGCCAGAGAAGUCAACAGGAAGAAGAGGAAACUUGGCAGUACUCUACUGUUGUCUUCACCAUGAGGCAAUCUGACUUUGGACCAGGAUCUGAUAUCACCACCAUCAUUCAAGACCUUUCAGCUGAUCCGGACCAUCCAGACUUGAUGACUCUGCAGUGUUCAGUCUUCUCUGACUCUGAAACUAAAACCUGUCCAGGCAAUCACAGUGUGUUCUGGUUCAGGUCUGGAUCAGAUGAAGCUCAUCCCAGUGUCAUUUACACUCAUGGAAACAGAUGUGAUGAGUGUGAGGAGAGUCCUGAGACUCAGUCUCCACAGAAAUGUGUCUACAGCUUUUCUAAGACCGUCAGCUCUUCUGAUGUCGGGACUUAUUACUGUGCUGUGGCCACAUGUGGACAGAUGUUAUUUGGACAUGGAACAGAGAUCAACAUUGAAGGUUCUAGAGGGCAUCCCAGGACAGAGCUGGCCUUCUUUAUAAGUUUGUCCAGCCUCUUCCUGUCAGCUUCUGUGAUGCUGCUCCCCCAGCAGACCACACCGUAG